UCCUGCAUUGUCUUCUCUCUCUACCUCGCUUUCUCUCUCUUCUGCAACUGUUAACAGAUCACAGUUUCCUAGAUUUUCUCAUUAAUUUCCCGCACUUCGUUAGCUGAAAUUUCCUUCUUCCUGACAGUCUGACAGUGACCUCAGCUCAGUGACAUCACUGGAAUUUAUGAAGUUUUCUCCUCAUUUCUCGAUCGGCCGUACUUCAUCACCCAGCACGUUGUUUUCUUUGUGCUAAUCAGUGUCCAGGUUCACUUGGGACCACGCUUUGGUUCCUACUGUUCUUGGCAGUAUCAAGUUCUGAAACAUUGGUUUUGGUGCUCUUUGUGCGGAAGGAAACUGUAAUUGAACAAAUUGGUAACUCAACGUAAGUGAUUAUCAAGGUGGAUUUGAGCUGUGGUGAUGAUUUUAGGCUGUUGGAAUGUGGCAAUUUGGGCCUUAGUAGGGGCUGAGAGCAAAUUGGGCAAUUGAUGAAUGGCAGGGUCUGGUUAUUAUGAAAACGGUUGAGUGUGAGAUUGGUGUUUCGAUUUGAGAAUUAUUUCUCAGCUGUGCUUUUUGGUUUUUAUUGGUGUCACGGACUGAUAGAAUGGCUUCGGAUCUCAACAGAGCUGGUCCCGUGGAAAGAGACAUUGAGCAGGCCAUUACUGCAUUGAAAAAAGGGGCUUGCUUGCUCAAGUAUGGAAGAAGGGGGAAGCCCAAGUUUUGUCAGAUUCGGCUUUCCAAUGAUGAAUCUUCUUUGAUAUGGUUCUCAGGGAAAGAGGAGAAGCACCUCAAACUAAGCCAUAUUUCGAGAAUAAUAUCUGGACAACGUACGCCAAUCUUUCAAAGAUAUCCGCGGCCUGAGAAAGAAUACCAGUCAUUUUCUCUUAUCUACAGUGAUAGGUCACUGGACUUGAUUUGCAAAGAUAAAGAUGAAGCUGAGGUUUGGUUCAGUGGUUUAAAAGCAUUAAUAUCACGUUGCCAUCACCAGAAGUGGAGAACAGAGUCAAGAAGUGAUGGCUUUCCAUCUGGGGCCAGUAGUCCCAGAACAUACACUAGAAGAAGUUCCCCGUUAAAUUCUCCAUUUGAUACUAAUGAAAGCCUGCAAAAGGACAGUGGGGAUCACCUUCGCCUUCAUAGUCCCUUUGAGAGCCCCCCUAAAAAUGGUUUGGACAAAGCUUUAUCUGAUGUGAUAUUGUAUUCUGGUCCUCCAAAGGGUUUGUUCCAUCCAGAUUCUACUAGUGGUUCAGUCCUCUCAGUGUCAUCAGGAGGAUCAGAUGGUAUACAUGGUCAGAUGAAAGCAAUGGGCAUGGAUGCUUUUAGAGUAAGUCUAUCAAGCGCUGUCAGCUCAUCCAGCCAGGGUUCUGGUCAUGAUGAUGGUGACGCCUUAGGGGAUGUUUUCAUUUGGGGGGAAGGAACUGGUGAUGGUGUUUUGGGUGGUGGAACUCACCAUCUUGGUGGAAAAAUGGAUUCUCUACUGCCCAAGGCCUUGGAAUCUGCAGUGGUACUUGAUGUACACAACAUAGCUUGUGGUGGCCGGCAUGCUGCCUUGGUGACCAAGCAAGGAGAAAUUUUCUCUUGGGGAGAGGAAUUAGGAGGCAGGCUUGGGCAUGGAGUUGACUCUGAUGUUCUUCAUCCAAAGCUUAUAGAAUCUCUGAGUAAUACCAAUAUUGAGCUUGUAGCUUGCGGGGAGUACCAUACAUGUGCUGUGACUCUUUCUGGUGAUCUUUAUACAUGGGGUGAUGGCACCUACAAUUAUGGUCUUCUGGGGCAUGGAAAUCAAGUGAGCCACUGGGUCCCCAAAAGAGUAAAUGGGCCCUUGGAGGGCAUACAUGUUUCAUCUAUCUCUUGUGGUCCAUGGCACACUGCAGUUGUUACCUCUGCUGGGCAAUUAUUUACUUUCGGUGAUGGUACAUUUGGUGUCCUGGGUCAUGGGGACAGAAAAAGUGUUAGCAUACCAAGAGAAGUAGAGUCCCUUAAGGGUCUUCGUACUGUGAGAACUGCUUGUGGUGUUUGGCAUUCUGCUGCAGUUGUAGAAGUCAUGGUCGGAAAUUCAAGUUCCAGCAACUGCUCUUCAGGGAAGCUGUUUACUUGGGGUGAUGGUGACAAAGGUCGACUUGGGCAUGGUGACAAGGAAGCAAAACUUGUUCCUACCUGUGUUGCAGCUCUUGUUGAACCUAACUUUUGUCAGGUGGUGUGCGGACACAGUCUUACUGUUGCACUUACUACCUCAGGUCAUGUCUAUACCAUGGGUAGUCCUGUCUAUGGCCAGCUAGGAAAUCUUCAUACUGACGGCAAGUUACCAAGACGUGUUGAAGGAAGGCUCUCAAAGAAUUUUGUGGAAGAGAUAGCUUGUGGUGCAUAUCAUGUUGCAGUUUUAACUUCAAGGACUGAAGUCUACACAUGGGGCAAGGGUGCACAUGGUCGUUUAGGACAUGGGGAUAUAGAGGAUAGAAAUACCCCAACAUUAGUGGAAGCUCUGAAAGACAAACAAGUCAAAAGUAUUGCUUGCGGUACUAAUUUCACUGCUGCUAUCUGUCUUCAUAAGUGGGCCUCUGGUGUUGACCAAUCCAUGUGUUCUGGCUGCCGCCUGCCUUUCAAUUUCAAAAGAAAACGUCAUAAUUGUUAUAAUUGUGGACUUGUUUUUUGUCAUUCUUGCAGCAGUAAGAAAUCUCUCAAGGCUUCAAUGGCACCAAAUCCCAACAAACCUUAUCGGGUCUGUGAUAAUUGUUAUAAUAAACUAAGGAAAACUAUUGAAACUGGUGCUUCAUCUCAUUCUUCUGUAAGCAGAAGAGGAAGUAUCAAUCAGGGGCCACUUGAUUUUAAUGUUAAUGAUGAUAAAUUUGAUUCAAGAUCUCGUAAUCAGCUUGCUAGGUUUUCUUCAAUGCAAUCCUUGAAGCAAGUGGAAAGCAGGUCUUCAAAGAAAAACAAGAAAUUUGAAUUCAAUAGUAGUCGCGUCUCACCCAUUCCAAAUGGAGGUUCCCAUGGUGGGCCGUCGAAUGUUUCUAAAUCUGUCAAUCCUGUUUUUGGAUCAUCAAAGAAGUUUUUCUCAGCCUCUGUUCCAGGAUCUAGAAUUGUUUCUCGGGCAACAUCCCCAAUAUCUAGACAUCACAGUCCACCUCGUUCAACGACUCCAACCCCAACACUUGGAGGACUUACCUCCCCCAAGAUAGGUGUGGAUGAUGUUAAGAAGACACACGAUAGCCUUAACCAAGAGAUUACUAAACUAAGAGCGCAGGUGGAAAAUAUGACUCGCAAAACUCAACUUCAAGAAGUUGAAUUGGAAAGAGCGACUAAACAGCUGAAGGAAGCAAUAGCAUACGCUGGUGAAGAAACUGCCAAAUGCAAAGCAGCGAAGGAAGUGAUCAAGUCGCUUACUAACCAGCUGAAGGAUGUGGCCGAGAAGCUUCCCGCUGGAGCAUCUAGGAAUGUGAAAUUUCCUUCUAUUGCUUCCUUUGAAUCAAAUCCUUGUUCUAAUGAAGUCAUCAAUUCUUCUAUUGAUGGGUUAAAUAUUCAAGCUACUAGCCUAGAACCAGACUUAGCGGUAUUGAACACCCAGUCACUUUCAAACGGAUUAAGUACCACCAGUAAUCGAAAUGCAGGUAACAACAAACACAGCCAGUCAGAUGCAACGAUAAGAAAUGGGAGCAGAACAAAGGAAGGUGAGACUCGGGGUGAGGUUGGAUGGGUUGAGCAAGAUGAGCCUGGAGUAUAUAUUACAUUUACCUCCCUUGGAGGUGUGAUAGAUCUUAAGAGAGUUCGUUUCAGUCGAAAGCGGUUUAGUGAGAAGCAAGCAGAACAAUGGUGGGCCGAGAAUCGGGCCAGAAUAUAUGAGAAGUACAAUGUACGCGGGGCUGACAAGUCAGCCAUUGAUGAAACGAUCUACAAAUGAGUUUCUUCUUUUUCCGCAUUAUUUUAGUUGGAUUUACAGCAAGAUAAUGCUGAUUAGUUUUACAUUUGCUUCCAUCUGAUAUUAAGGAUUUGAGGGUUGGUAGCUAGCUUGGUUUGGCUUGAUAGGAGAAAGAAGAGAAUAGGGAUUUGAUUAUGCUCUUGUGAUUAUUUUCUCCUUAGUUUGAUUUCACUUUGCAUUUUUUCCCUAUAUAUAAUUAUAUAUACACCUUGUGUUGGGGGUUGACAGUGAGAUGUAAAUUCUUAGUAGGUUUGUUGGCUAGCAACAUUGUAAAUUUUUACAAGCAAAAUAUUUGCAGAUUUUUCUUUA